AUGCACUGGAUCAGCUGGAAGCAGAUUGCAGUUUCGAUUGUUAAGGGUGGGCUGGGCUUCAUGCGAUUGGAAGAAGUCAUGAAGGCCUUCAGAAUGAAGAUGGCGUGGGGUAUCCUUUUCUCCAAUCAGAGCUCUCUGUGGAGCUUGUUCAUAGCUACCAAAUUUCGGCUAAACUUGGUGGCAAAUGGGGUCUCUUCCCAUUGUUCUUUUGCAUCCCCGUUGUGGAAGUGCAUUCAGGCCCAGUUUCAGCGAAUGUUACCCAUGGUUCAAAAGAUGAUUGGGGAAGGAAGUUGUAAGCUUUGGAUAGAUAAUUGGACUAUGCUUAGGCCUCUCCUCAACUUGGCUAAGAGCCCUAUCCCCACGGAGUUGUUGGAUAUGGAGGCUAGUUUCUGCAUUGCUGCUGGCCUUGAUUCAUUCUUCUGGCCCCUCUCCCCAUCCGGCAUGUUCACGAUUCAAUCUGUUAGAGAUGCCUGUAGGUCUCCUUGCCCGCAGUUGGAUUGGGCCAACAAGCUGUGGAAUCCGAAUAUCCCGCCUAAAAUCUCUUUGUUUGCCUGGAAAUUGCUUCAGAAUGCAGUCCCUAUAGAUGAAGCGAUCCAAGCGCGUGGUGUCCACAUGUCCUCUAUGUGUGUUUGCUGCAGCUUCGAUUCGGCUAAAUCAGUGGAAACUGUUAUCCACUUAUUUGUGGAAAGCUUGACGGCGCAGGCUGUGUGGGAUCACGUUGGUUCCAGUUUUGGCGUCAGAGUUAUGCCUGCUUCCUCCAUUUCAGUCAGGUUUUCGCAGUGGAGAGGUGCUCUAGCUGCCAGGAGGUCAGACGCUCAAACGUUUGCCCCUCUCUGUAUUAGCUGGGAACUCUGGAAAGCCUGCAAUGCUACAACGUUUGAAGGUAGGCAAGUAUCAAUUAUGAUAGUGAUUGCAAAGGUCCAUGGCUGGUUCCGCUUCAUUAAUGGCAGCAGCAAGGUGGCUUCUUCCCCAGCACCGCCUUCACUUUCUGUUUCUCCUGGAUCAGUGGUUGUGGAUGCAAGAUAUUCAGAUCAACCCUUUGUUAUUUUUUGGUCCAAGCUAGCUUCCUCGUGGGCUAAGAUCAAUGUGGACGGGUCCUCUCGUGGGAAUCUGGGCCUCUCUGGAGGUGGGGGCGUUUGUAGGAAUGAAAGAGGGGAUAUGCUCUUUGUGUUCACCAGUGCUUAUGGCCGCGGCUCCAGCACAGGGGCGGAAAUUUGA